CCUGUCCUCCCGCCGCGAGCCGCGCACAGCUCCGCACUCGCUCGCUCGUCUCGCGACGGCGGCGCGGCCCAUGCGGCCGGGGGCGGAGGUCGGGAGCCGGCAGCGGGCUUGGCGUCUCAGCUGCCGGGGCUCGGGCGGCGAGGGGCCGCCGGCUCGCCGCGCCUGAGGGCCCGGGGCGGGGAACGCAGGCGGCCUCGGCCGCGGAGCCGGGAAGAUGCUGCUGUCCCUGGUGCUCCACACGUACUCUAUGCGCUACCUGCUGCCGGGCAUGGUGCUCCUGGGCACGGCGCCCACCUACGUGCUGGCCUGGGGGGUCUGGCGGCUGCUGUCCGCCUUCCUGCCCGCGCGUUUCUACCAGGCGGUGGACGACCGGCUCUACUGCAUCUACCAGAACAUGGUGCUCUUCUUCUUCGAGAACUACACCGGGGUCCAGAUAUUCCUAUAUGGAGAUUUGCCAAAAAAUAAAGAAAAUGUAAUAUAUUUAGCAAAUCAUCAAAGCACAGUUGACUGGAUUAUUGCCGACAUGUUGGCCUCUAGGCAGGAUGCUCUUGGACAUGUGCGCUAUGUGCUGAAAGAUGGGUUAAAGUGGCUUCCUUUGUAUGGUUGUUAUUUUUCUCAGCAUGGAGGAAUCUAUGUAAAGCGAAGUGCCAAAUUUAAUGAAAGAGAAAUGAGAAACAAACUACAGAGCUACGUGGAUGCAGGAACUCCCAUGUAUCUUGUGAUUUUCCCAGAAGGUACGAGGUAUAAUCCAGAACAAACAAAAAUCCUUUCAACUAGUCAGGCAUUUGCAGCUGAACAAGAAUUUCUCUGCAAAGAAUGUCCAAAAGUUCAUAUUCACGUUGAUCGUAUAGACAAAAAGGAUGUCCCAGAACAGCAAGAAUGUAUGAGAAGAUGGCUUCAUGAGCGUUUUGAAAUAAAAGAUAAGAUGCUUAUAGAAUUCUAUGAUUCACCAGAUCCAGAAAGAAGAAACAAGUUUCCUGGGGAAAGUGUUAAUUCCAAAUUAAGUAUCAAGAAGACUUUACCAUCAGUAUUGAUCUUAAGUGGUUUGACUGCGGGCAUGCUUAUGACUGAGACUGGCAGGAAACUGUACGUGAACACGUGGAUGUACGGCACCUUGCUGGGCUGCCUGUGGGUCACUGUCAAGGCGUAGGCAGGGAGCUGUCUCCAAGGAGGGCUGUGCUGCACUGUCUGUCUUUGGCACCUACACAUUAUAUCAAAUUGUUUCCUGGAAGUGUAAAUAAAGCCUUGUUGAUUGAACAUUGGAUAAAAAUAGAAUUUGUGACUAUAGCCACUAUGCAGUUGGUCUUGGGCAUGGUUUUGUAACUUUAGCUCUGGAGCUCCCGGAAAGGAUAAAAAGCUAAACAGAAUUUCUGCUGUUCUUCACAUUUCCCAUGAACUAAUGACAACUUCAGAAGCCUAGUAGGAUUGUAUAAUUUGUUACUGUUUUGUAACUCAGAUGGCUGUAUUUUUUAACAUUAAUUUGCAACAUAUUUCACUAUAUUUGUUAUUUUUAAUUUGUUAUAACUUGGCAGCUCUAAACUUUUAUCACUGAGGUAUUUAGUAUCUUACAGCUAGGCAAUAUUUCACUUUUUGCUUAAUUUCUGCAAGUCAAUGAAAGAAGAUGUAUUUAAGUAUUGAAAUGUUUAAAGAAAAAGGCAAAAAAUGUUCAUGAGAGAAAGCUCUGUUUAGUGCAUGUUUUUAUUGUAUUAGCUGGUUUUACUCAUUUUAUAUUUCCAAAAUAACAUUUCUAAUAUUUAUUGAAAUUGCUUAAUUUGCUCACCCUGUACUCUACACAAGAAUAAUGUAUAAAAUAUGAGAAGUUCAAGUUAAAAUCUUGCCUGAUUCAUUGUAGCAGAACUUUAAAUUGCCUAGCCUUUUAAAUAUUUAAGCUACUCUAAGUACUUCCCAACAUCAGUGCCAUAAGUGCUUGAAAACAUUAAGGUUUUCUUUUUAUGUUACAUCAAAUCAGUGUGAAUCUUUGUUGGACCCCCUGAGUUCACAGGUAUUCGAGGUGAUGGGAGCCGACUAGAUUUACUAGCAUGUGCCUUUCACCCACUUUUCUUUGAUUUAGCAAAAUAUUUCUUUCAGAAGUCACUUGUAUGUCACCAAGGUGGAGUUCCACUGUGUUCUAGUCCUUCUCCUCUGGAUUCUCAUCAGUGGUGCUGCUCUGCGGCUUGCACACCGACUUGCAGGGAAGAAAAGCCAGCCAGGGUCAAAGUUGAACUGUCUAAACUCAGCCCUUGUGAGGGAGCUUCAGCAGCUGCUCUGGAGGCAUUUUGCGUUUAUCUGUGUCAAGAAAUUUCACCUCCUCAAGCCAGUGAAAUACAGACCUAACUCCUCAAGCCUGAGGGAAUUUGUUUCCUUCCCAUUAUUUUCUUCUUCUUCUUCUUUUUUUUUUUUUUUUGCUACACUGCAGUCUGAGGUUAUUCCUAUCCAUCAUUCCCAUUAUUUGCAAUGGAGCUACACAGUAAUAUGGACCACCUCAGAACAAGAGCCGAGUUCCAAGAACCAAAUCACACAAUUUUCAGUCAUGAGACAAUAUUUCCUAUGGAAGAAGACACUUUUUAAGUGUAAUCUGCUCUGUUUUUAUGCUAUAAUUUAAACUUGAUUGCCUGUUUAAGCUAACAUUUCUGCUUACUGCUAGUGAAUUUUUGUUGCAGAAUUAUAUGUAGGUCGCUACAGAAGUUUUGAGAUAGACUGUUAAGAUCCAUUAUUCACAUCCAAGAAA